AUGGUUACCCAGGCCGGGAACAAUGGGGGCUCAGUCACCGGAGUUGAACGAGAACCACCAAUGAGGACUUCUCCUACCUUGAAUCGUGAGGAGUCUAUUCAGCCGUCAAACACAGUUGUGAUUGACGACACGACACGACACUCCCAUGGAUUUAAGGCAUGCCCACAUUCAGAGCGUGGGAUUGAUAGUCGGAAUAACGGGGUCAAAACAAUUUCCUUUGAUGAAGAUAUGAGAAUCUUUCAGCUAAUGGUUUUCAAAUUGAAGCGGGAAUAUCUAAAUCACUUGGGCCAAAUUUAA